AAGAGAAUAUAAGCGAAACUUCUAAAGAGAAUUCGAAUAAGGCGGAGCCUGUGUUAUUCAGGAAUUAUAUGGAAAGAGCAUUUUCAACUUUAUCGGACAUGAAAUCAGUAUUAGUUGAGCGUGCUUAUUUUGAGACAGUUAAGCGUCGAUAUUCACGUCAGACAUUAAAAUUUUCAUACUUUAGGUCAUCUGCUAGUAAAGGUGAAUUUGAAAUAGGAUAUGAGAGAUACGUUCAAACAUGUGAAUAUGCCUUUGAUG